CCGCCUCUCAGUGUUUACGUCCGGGUCGUAAUGAUAGUACGCGUGUGAGAAACAUGUGUGAUUUACUUGCAUGAAAGCGUUUUACAUUGAUUCACAAAGUUCUAUAGCGUAAAGGUACAGUAUGGCAUCUAUGGAGGAAGAUUUCCCCCGUGGCGGUGCAGAGAAGAAGACCACUGAGCCCAAACGUGUUAAAACACAUGAUGUGGACAAUCUUUUUGAAAACCGUGAAACAGCGGUUAAAAAGAAGAAGAAGAGGAACGUGGAACAGGAUGAAGAGGAAAAAACUAAAAAACUGAAAGUGGAUGUAGAGAAUUUAAAACUUAAUUCUGCCACUACUGUGGAAAUUCUUCAUCUUCGGAAUCUGAAUAUUGGCACUCUGAUGCUGGGUUGCGUGAAGGAAGUGUCAGAGUUUGAGGUGGUAGUUGGUCUCCCAAGCGGUCUCGUUGGUUACCUGCCAAUCUACAACAUCUGUGACUCCUACACCAACAUGCUUAAUAACAGACUGGACUCUGAGGACAGUUUAGAGGCAGUUGUCCCUCUCUCAGAACUACUUACUCCUGGAAUGCUGGUCAGAUGUGUUGUGUCAUCUUUAGACUCCGCUAAGGAGGGUAAUGUUAGUCUUAAAGUGUCAAUCAACCCAAAAGAGGUUAACAAGGUGUUGAGUUCCGGCACUUUGAAACCUGGAAUGACACUGAGUGGUUGUGUGGAGAGUGUGGAAGAUCACGGCUACCUGGUUGACAUUGGAAUCAGUGGCACUAAAGCUUUCCUGCCCAAAAAGAGCACAGCUUCAAAACAAGAUCUGAAUGUGGGUCAGUACAUGUCGAUCCUGAUAGAGGAAGUCAAGAACGAUGGACGUGUGGUCCGUCUGACCCAGAAUCCCCAGGCUCUUGCAAAGGCCGUUGCAACGAUUCAGCAUGGAUGGACUCUAGACGCAAUCCUGCCCGGACUCCUGAUCCGCGGACGCGUAAAGAGGGUUACUCCUCACGGGCUUAUUGUGACGUAUCUUUCAUCUUUCACCGGAGUGGUUAAUUUUCUGCACCUUGAUGACGACAAGGCAUCUACCUACAGCCAAGGACAAGAGGUCCUGGCACGGGUUCUGCAUGUGGAGCCGUCCACGCGGCAUGUGAGCCUGUCCCUGCGCAGCCAUCUUCUGCCACCAGGGGGUGGUGUGCUGGAUAAGUACUUCAGCGAGCGGCUGGGUGAGGUGGUGCAGGGCUGUAAGAUGACAGAUUUGCACUAUCACUCAGGAGCCUUGAUGAAGAUGCCUGACGGUACCACAGCUUUUGUGCAUAAAAACCUCAUGAAGGAGCCAAAUGAAGAGUUCAACCCAAACCGGUUGCUGUCCCAGCCUGAACACACUCUGAGAAUCAUAGAUUACAGUCCUGUGGAGCAAAUUCACCUGGCCACACUGCGAAGGAGCACUAUUGAAACGACCCUCUUCAGAUAUCAAGACGUCAAAGUGGGACAAAUUGUUGAGGGUAAAAUUACGGGUUUGCAGCAACAUGGCGUUAACGUGAGAAUAACAGACCACAUCAGAGGAAUGAUACCCAGAACUCACCUUGCCGAUGUCGUCCUACAUAACCCAGAGAAGAGGUUUUUUGAGGGUUUGAAAGUCAAGUGCAGGGUAUUAUCAGUGGAUGCUCAGAACAAGAGGUUGAUCCUGACCAAGAAAAAGGCCCUUGUUGAGUCCACACUCCCUCUCUUCCAGUCCUACUCUGAUGCCAGGGUGGGCUGCAUCUCUCACGGCUUCAUCGUAUGUGUGAAGAAGUUUGGCUGCAUCGUUCGUUUCUACGAAGAUGUGAAGGGUCUGGUUCCUGUAACGGAGCUGUCCACUGAGCUUGUGGAUAAUCCAGAAAGUCUCUUCUUCGUUGGCCAGGUUGUCCAGGCCAAAGUCUUGAAUUGUGACCCGGAAAAUAAGAAGCUAUGUUUAUCCUUCAAGGCCGUUUCUGAGGGAGAUAUAAAGGAGGCGCAAACUGAGAAAUUUGACUUUGUGUCUGGAAAGACAGUCAGUGCAAGAGUAUGCCGCAAAGUAGUGGAUGGUCUGGAGGUCUCCAUUGUUCCCGAGGAGGUGCCAGCUUUCAUACCCACAAUGCAUCUCUCUGACCAUGUGAGCAACUGCAUUCCCCUGUGGACGGCGCUGGAGGAGGGCGACACCAUCUCUAAUAUAAUGUGUCUCAGCAAGACCAAGAAAAAGGGCAUUACCCUCACCAAGAAACCCCUACUGAAGUUCUAUAUGGAGGACGACAACAUCCCGCAGCAGUUCUCUGAGCUCCAGGUGGGGAUGCAGAUGAUUGGCUGGGUGAAGAACAUCAUGCCUUAUGGAGUCUUCGUCAGUUUCCCGCACGGACUCUUCGGCCUCGCUCCUAAAGAUGCCAUGGCUGACCAGUUCAUCACAAACACAUCAGGCAUCUUUGAGAUCGGCCAGACAGUUGUUGCCAAAGUGACCAAUCUGGAUGAAGAAAAACAAAGGUUUUUGGUCAGCCUGAAGGUGUCAGAAUUGAGUCUCUUGGAGGAAGGAAGCCGUGCCAGAUUGUUCCAGGGUCUGAAGGACAGGAAGGACAUCUUUGAGAUGGUUACUAGCAGAGGGGAGUCUGAUGUCCUACAACAGCUCUCUGCUGUAUCACUAGGAGAUAAAAUAAAGAUGACAGUGGGUGAUACCAGAGAGGAUGGCUCGGUCACACUGAGCUCAGAUCGGCUCAGUAAAGCCACUGUGUUGGCCUCAAAGUUCCACACAGAAGGUGUGAAUGUGACUCCGGGCUGCAAACUCAGUGCAGUGAUUCUCCAUGUCGACCCUUUAAAGUCUGAGGUACAUGUGUCGCUGCUUCCAAAGUUGAUCAAGAAGAAGAAGCUGUUGACAAAGGACUCCAAACUCUCUGCAACAAUCCAGUACACUGAUAAAGACUUUGCUGUCAUCUCAUUGGGUGACACUGGUCACCUGACCUUCAUUCCCCUUCGGGCUCACGUAAAUAACAUCUUGGAUUCAAAGAAAUGUUCAGUUGGUUCCUGUCUGAAUGUGGUAGUGGAGGACCCGAGCAGCGAGGAAUUAGGAGGACUUCCUCUUGUAGCAUACCAGAACUCUAAUGCCAAACACGAUGAGACCAAAUCCAAGAGCAGUGGUCGAUCCAAUGACUUGAUUCUUGGGGAAGUGAUGACAGUCACAGUAAAGAAGGUGAAGCCCACGAGCGUGCUGGUGGCGCUGCCGUCUGGGACCACAGGAAAUAUCCAUGUGUCUGAGAUAGAGGAGUCUCCCGCGGUUGGCAGCUUCCCAACAGCAUCCCUGAAGAUCGGGACAGAGGUCGAAGCCAGAGUGAUUGGAGGGCACACAGUUCGUGGCAACAAGUUCCUGCCAAUCUCUCACCCCAACUUUGGUGUUUCCCUCACUGAACUCAGUCUUCUGCCCAGAAAACUGAAAGAUGCUGAUGAGCAGUCAGUUGACACAAUGAAAAAAUACACACCUGGAGAUGACGUCUUAUGCUACCCAUCAAAAUACGACGAAAAAACACAAACCUUAGAAGUUCAUGUGAAGCCCAAUGUCAUUGGAACCGUUGAGCUGUUAGCCAUGAUCACCAAACCUGGGCAAGCUAAACACCCAAAGAAUCUUUUUAAACCAGGACAGACUGUUUCUGCAAAGGUUGUCAGUACUGGUUCCAUCAAAUCUUUUCAGCUUUCCCUGUCACUCACAGGGAUGUACAAGCUGGAGCAAGGGUUGGUCACUAUGGCGACGGUUUGGAAAGUUACGCCUUUUCUGGGACUGUUGCUCAAACUGCCAUUUGGGAAUUGGGGUUUUGCUUCGGUAAUGGAUGUCUCUGAUGCAUACGCAGACAACCCACUAGAGCCCUACAAACGGGGCCAACUAGUCCGGUGCUAUAUUACGGAGGAGACUAAAAAUAAGAAAUUCAAAGUUUCAUUACGUCCCUCCAGAUUGCAUAAGGACCAGCAUAAGAAUGUUGCAGACCCAGAAAUUCAGUCAAUUUCUGAUCUAAAAGAGGGCCAGAUUAUCAAAGGAUAUGUGAAAUCUAUAAAUGAUAAAGGCGUAUUUGUGAGGUUAUCAAGGGUCAUCGCAGGAAGAGUCGAGUUCCAGCACGCUACAAAAUACUUCAUGGAUGAUCCAAAAGUUCUUUCCAAACACAUUACCCUGAAUGCACUGGUGACAGCCAAGGUUCUCAGUGUGAAGGCAGAGAACAGCCACGUGAACCUGUCUCUGCUGUCAGAGGACACUGGGAAACCAGAUCUACUUCCAGAAUCCCUUGAUCUAAAACUGCGUCUGAAGGGAGAGAAGAAAGCGAAACAUGACAAAAUGGUCGCCAAGAGGAGACGAGCUCUUUCUGAGAGCAAACAACAAGAAAAUGAGAAACAUGAACCGAAGAUAAAAAGGAAAAAAGUUGAAGCAUGCCCAGUGAAGGGAGAAUGCACAGGAGAGACGAAAACCUUAAAAGAGAAGAAGAAAAAGAAAACAAAAACAGAGGACAGUGACAGUGGUGUAGAUGUGUUUUUCAGAGAGAAGGAAGAAACUACAUCGAAUAAAAAGUCUGACCAAGUAAAGGGUAAACAUGAGAAAACGGAACCAAAACGGCUGCAGGUGACACUUGGCUUCCCAUGGGAAUCAACAUUGUGCUCUUUAACACCUUUUGCCGCAGUAGACGACACCCAUGAAUCCAGUGAGGAUGAGCAGGAAGUCAAGAGCAAGCCUGUGAAAAAGUCCCGUAAGGAGCUAAAGCAGGAGCAGCAGAAUGCGGAGCAGCAGCUCAGCAAGUUGGAGGCUGAACUCAUGGACACGUCUGUACGACCUGACAGCACAACGGCGUUUGAGCGUCUGCUCCUGUCGUCUCCGGACAGCUCCCUCCUCUGGCUGCAGUACAUGGCUUUCCAUCUGCAGGCCACGGAGAUCGAGCAAGCGCGUGUGGUCGCCGAGAGAGCCCUUAAAACCAUCUCAUUCAGAGAGGAACAGGAGAAGCUGAAUGUGUGGGUGGCCAUGCUGAAUCUGGAGAACAUGUACGGGACACAAGAGAGUUUGCAGAAAAUCUUUGAACGGGCCACCCAAUACUGUGAACCUCUUCCUGUGUACCAGAAGUUAGCCGAAAUUUAUGCCAAGUCGGACAAGAUCAAAGAGGCAGAGAGUCUUUAUAAAAACAUGGUGAAACGCUUCAGACACGAGCAAGCUGUAUAUCUGAGUUACGGCACCUUCCUACUACGACAGCGUCAGAGCGACGCUGCAAAUGCCCUCCUACAGAGGGCGCUGCAGAGCCUGUCCAAUAAAGAACAUGUGGACCUGAUCGCCAAAUUUGCCCGGUUGGAGUUUCAGUACGGGAAUACUGAGAGAGCCAAAUCCAUGUUUGACAAGGUCCUGAGCACCUACCCCAAACGCACAGACCUGUGGUCAGUCUUCAUAGACCUGUUGGUGAAGCACGGCUCUCAGAAGGAAGUGAGGGAGAUUUUUGACCGUGUGAUUCACCUAAGUGUGUCGGUAAAGAAGAUCAAGUUCUUCUUCAAGCGUUACCUGGAGUACGAGAAGACGAACGGCACACCUGAGACCAUCCAGGCGGUCAAACAGAAAGCUAUAGAGUAUGUGGAGUCGAAAGGAGCAGAAGCCGCCAGCUAGAACCACCUAUUUUGCAUUUGCAUCAGUAUUUGAGGACAAAGAAUCUUUUCUUCCUCCCAUUUUUUUCAUUCCUCGGCUUCAUUUUUUCCUAUUGACACAUUUCUGGAGGUGUAUUUGUGUGUGUGUGUGUGUGUGUGUGUGUUUCCUAAAUUUGCAUCUUCUGUCAUAUCAUUGAAUGUCUAUAAAUAGCCACUUUUUCUUCUUCGAUUAAACGAUGAUUAUGGAUUUAAAAAAUAUUGUUGUAACAAAGGAAUUCAAGUUUUGCAAUAAAAAUUCUGCUAUCUAAA